CAGGUAGAUAGUUACAUAAUAACUUGGAUAUUUUACGUUUCUUCCUGGUCAUCGAUUGAUCGUAUUUCGACUUUCUUUUCAUGAGUUCCUCAGACCCCCUUUUGACUACGGGUGCUAUCCAACUUCCAAAGCCUGGUGCUAAAGCUGCUAGCUAUGGUGGCCGUGGCAUCGUAGAAGUGCGUGAUGUCAUUCAAAUACUCGAGACCGCAAAUAUACCAUGCUGCGUUGUAGGAGGUUAUGCUUUGGUGUAUUACGGCGCUCGCAUGGUUCCUAACAACUGGGAGAUCUGCGUCCCGACAGAUUCUUUUGAGAGGGCGUCAGCCAUGUUCAUAGUGACACCAUUGAGUGAAACCUAUGAACCUUGGGUAAAGAUCCAACCACAGGUUGGGUCUUUGAAACACACAUAUCCUCAAUUUAGACUAAAAGGGGUGAACUUCUCGUUCUUUAUUAUCCCCGCAUUCGAAUAUUUUAUUCGAUGCGAGCCCUCAAAUUUUGAAAAGAGCGAACGAGAAAUUCCCUUCCCCAAGCUUGAAUGCUUUGCGCAGAGUCUUCUUGAUACGCAGCGUUAUCUCGACCUCACCAAUCUCAUCGAUGGGAUGGACCUAUCUGAAGAAUGGGGCGAGGAGCACUUGAAUUUGGAUAAGCCAGGUGAAAUCGAGUAUGCGAAGGAAAAGAACGAGAAAAUUGUCGCCUCUCUUUCAGAAUAUCCAAAUUCCCGGCCGUCACGACUACGCGAUACCCCGAUGGACCUGAGACAGAAAUGGCAGACAAUCGUGAGGACGAAGCAAAAAAGGAUAGGCAUUGAAGUUCCUGGACACCUAUAUAGCACACGAUUCCGUAUCAAGGGUUCACCAGACCCUCGAUUACGAGAAGAGAGGAAUAUAUGAAUAAGAACCUUGAAAAUAAUAGGUUAAAUCCAACCAUUUAUCUAGGAGGUAAUGAAUAAAGCAAUACAACUCAUAUCUAGUAGCUGAUAACUUCAAAAUAGAUUCCAAAUAAA